UCCCACACUAGCCAAUUCCAUAGAAUCCAUCGAAUCAAUAGUCAGCAAUGAUCACGAUCUGCCCACCAGUCACAGCAGCCGAUGACUACACCCCAUUACUCAUGACUCCUCUCCCUCUGAUUCAGAAACUCGCGCCCUUUUCCUCUCUGAAGGCUCAGGCAUCUGUUUCCGCAUCCGGCCAAUCGCUGCUCCCCGCCCAGCCCGGGCCUCGAUGCACCCAAGUGGGUCCGCCUGCAGUGGUGGCGCCCUCCGACCUGUCACACCCACUCCCACACCGCCUGGUUGUGCUGGAAAUUCCCCAGGCAGCGAAUCCCAGGGGUCUCGCAGCCUCUGGCGCGGGCGUCUGGUUGGCCCGUCCGGUACAGCCACACCGCGGCCAGCCCGUCUUGUGACGGUCAGUCCUGGUCCACCGCUUUCCCAGUACCAUAGAUUACACCAGAAACACAGUCCAGCGAUCCGCCACAUGUUGGCUGUUUCGUUCCCUGUUCGUAUCUUUGACCCAUGGGCCCAAGUGGGGCGCAGUGGGGGCCUUGUCCUCUCAUCGCCCCUCCUUUUUCCUAUUUGUAGAGUUGCCCACCAGUCGAAGCAUCAUACAUUGUGUUAGUGCCGCUUAGUUUUAGUCAGUAAUCUGUUACAUGUUAUUAUUUUAUUUUUAUUAUUUUUAUUAUUAUUGCCCUGCUGUUUUAUUACGCUUCUUUUCCUCUCUAAACCACGAGGCUUGCAUUGUUCUUUUGUCUCUCUCUCUCUCUCUUCCUCUCCCUCUUCUCCUCAUCUCCAAUCUGACCUCCCAUAUCUGCUCUUCGCUUCUCUCUUCGCUUCUCUAUUCUUCUUGCUCUUCUUUUCUUUUAUUAUUAUUAUAUUAUCUUUUUUAUUUCCCUCCCUUUCUUCCUCCCUUCUUCUCUCUCUCACCGUCUUUCACCUGUUAGGCUGUUAAUAAUAAACCAUCUCCAACUCAUCAA